CAGCAGCAGCAGCGACGAAGCAAGCAAAGCACGGGGUCGCUGGCUGCAACAGAACAGCAGCACGUAAAGACGGACAUAGGGAGAAAGAGUGCAGUUCCACUGUUCUGGAGGCGGCCGAGCUGGUGGCCGCCGAUCUGGGGUGGAUGUCUCGCUCGUAGAUCGUGACCGCUGCCCGCAAGUUCGCCGCGCUGAGACUGAGCACCCGAUGUCUGGCAGAUAAUGGUGUUUAAGGAAGAGGUUGUGACGUUGUUUAAGGAGUACAGCAGCUAUAAGCGAGUGGACCUGAUGUGCACCCUGUUGAACAUGUGCCUGCCCUUCGAGCUGCGCUUCCUGGGCACUUGUCUCGAAGAACUGGGAAAGCGGGACCACUCGCAGCUGAGGGAAUCGGAGGCGCGCGCUAACAACCAGGCAGACCUGGCCGACGCUACCUGCGUCGCUGACAAGCACACCAGACGCAUCCUCACCGUGUACCUGUCGCUGCUGCACUCGACCAACCAGGCGUGCUCGAAUGUGGUCUUCAAGACGCUGGCCGCGCUCGCCGACCACGACUUCCACGAGCUCGUGCAGCUGCUGCGCAACGCCGACGACCUGCCUGAGGACAACACCCUCGAGGAGCUGCUUCUCCUCUACACCAUGGCCCACAACCACCCUGCCUUCAGCUUCGAGCAGAAGACCCUCCUCGGCGAAGUGCUGCUCCGGCUGCAGAAGGAGGAGGCCAAGGUGGCCUUCCCACAGCACAAGCAGCCAGCCUUUUGCCUCAAGACUGGAAUGCCUUCCAUGUACAUGCCUUGCACACCAUGCACCAUAACUCCAGAUGGCACCGGAGCUGUUGCCCAGCACUUUUCUGUGCCAGGAAAAUCCUACCUGCUCCCAGCAACAGCUGUCGCCACAGGUGACGUGAGCAAAGGACUGCAAGAGAUGACAGGACCAUACAUUCUGACCACUUCGAUGUUCUGCAGCAUGCCGCCGCCGAACAUGGUUUCCCCCGUGCCUCCCCUCGCCGGCGCCCCCUCCGAGUUCGCCGUCUGCCAAUCGGCGCCCUUUGGACUGCCGGCCAUGUCCCAGCCGCCUUGUCCGCCGCCAGACCUAGUCACGGCCACAGUCAACUCCUCUUACCCAGUCAAUGAAACCCUCUCUCCCUAUGCUUCACCAAGUGCAAGUCCGACACGAUCUCCCGACGCCAGCAGGUCUGAAUCGCCAGUAUGGAACACAAACGCUGGCCAGCCAACGACCAACUACAAAAACUGCUACACUUCCCCCAAUCACAAUGAAACCAGCAGCUCAAGCAGUACCUGCAGCGGAGGCAGCACUGGGGGCGGCACCUUCCGCAGCAACCGCUCCGUCAACCACCCCCGCAAUAAACAAAGUUUACCUAACGGCCAAAAGGCUGGCGACGACUCGAUUCACAACAUGAAAAUCGAGCCACUGCGGAUACCUGGCGAGGAGAACCUACCGGACAUGAUGUCUGGCAUGGCCCUCGGGACCGUCAACGGGGUUGCAGACCCCGGUCGAGGGCAGCGGGUGCACUCAGAUGACAAGCGGCUGUGGUCCUCACCAGGGGCGCCUCUAGUCCCGCACACUGGCUCUGCCGGCAGCAGUCAAUCUGGGACUCCAAGUCCCCCAGGAACGCCUCCGCAGGAGGAACAGUGGGAUAGUAGCAACUACAAAGAAGAGGCGCCCAGCGUGGCGCGAUGGGAGAAGGGUCCAAGGGGCGGGGCCGGCAUGGCGAACCCGGCGGCGAGGUACAAUGCGCACCCGCGGGGUCCGCCGAUGCGGAGGAACGUGCACAUGGAGCAGAAGGUGCCGGACGCGCGACGGCAGGCGGCCGCCGCUGCGCAGCCGCCGCUCGUGCACUCGUCGUACAUUCUGCCGGCCGCGAUGCAGCACGUCCAGGGCAACACCACUGCCGCCUACUACCCUGUAAAUAUCGUGAGCAGCUUGAUGAGCCGGCCGAGAAAUUCUGACCGCAAGCUCUUUCAGCAGAGUCCCUUCUUCUUUCCGCUGAUGACCGGCCCGGCAGGGUCAGGACCAGCCAGCUACCCUUCGUUCACGCCAAACGGCAACCUCCCCCCGCCGCCCCAGCCCGACUACAUGCCGAUGCAGCCCGCCUCGCAGAAGUCGCCCCCACCCUUCAACACCGUGCAGCAGCAGCAGCAGCAGCAGUCACAGUCGUAUCUUCCUGCCAAACACAACUCGGCGCACUAUGUCCACUCGGGCCUCUACCACCCGAUGGGUUCGUCCAGUCACAAGAACUCGUGUUUCAACUGUGGCGCCAUCGGCCACAGGGGAACCGACUGCUCAGACCCCACCAUGCAGGACUUCCAGAAUAAGGGCAUGUACCACUUAGACUACUCUAGUCCGCAGUCGUCGGACGCGAGUGUCGCGCCGGCCGUUGUGAUCGUAGGCGGCGGUGGGAGCGGCAGCGCGCCGCCGUCUGCUGCGCCCAGUCUGGAGAAGUGACAAAAGGGUUUGCCUCCGUUGCUGCCGCUGCCCAGCAGUCCCCCAGUGGGGCGGCACCGGCACCAAAGGUCGCUAGUCCCGUGGCCGCGGCGGCACCACCCGCGAACAAACAACAACCAUUACGCCAACAACAACGUCAUCAACAACAACUACCAUCACAACCAGAGCAGCAGCAGCAGCAGCAGCAACUCGUCCCAGCAGCAGCAGCAGCAGCAGCCGGUCACAUUCCUGCUGGUGUGGCCGCAGCAACAAAGCCAGUCCUGUUCGUCCUCGAGCCACCACGGUGGCAACCGCCAACGCAGCCAUAGACUCCACUGACCGCCCCCUGUUCCCCCAACUGACCACUCUCCCCUCUUGGAGUCGUUACUCGCGCGUUUGAUUCUAAUCACUCUAUGUUAAUCUUUAUUACAAAGAGGCGUCUCGAGGCCAGGUUGCUUUACUUUUAUAAAGUCGCGGACGGAAAUUCUUUUUUCGCUAUUUCCUAUGCAGCAUCUCCCGUUCCCGAUGCUGAUUGGUUGAAUGAGGCAGAAUAAUUCGCGUAUUGUUGCAUCUGGAGAUUGGAAAGUUUAAAUUCAAUUUGAUAAAUAUAUAUUUCUGAAUUUGCGAAAAACUGGACAGAUUACAUUCAGCAGUUUUAGCGUUUAUUUAUCUAAAAAAUCUAGAGUUGUGAAUUGCUGAAUUGGUAUAAAUUUGAUUAAUAUUAUUAGGUGUUGAUCGCAUUUUACGAAGGUGGAAAAAAUUCUUUUGAGCUUGAAUUCAGUCGGCGAAUUGCGCUACGACCUGCGUUCUCUUUUAACAGCUGGAUAAUUAAAGAUAAAAGUCGUGCUAAACCGGAUGAAAAAUCAAAACUAAAUCAGUUUGGAUGCAUAACGCUUACGCGAAGCAAUUUCCAUAAUUUGCUGGCCAGACUCGAGGCUGCCUCGGUUGAAGAACGUUAAAACUAGGUGUUCCUACUACUUAAUGGCGUCAGUCACUGUGUGCUCUUUCAACUGUGGCUUACAAGAAGGGUUGUACACGCGACGGCGAUUCAAGGGGUGUCGUGGCUUGAAUCGGCGUUACUCGCGCGUGCACAUCCAUCAAUCAAUCACUCGAGAGGAUUUUUACACACGUUACCCAUCCAGUUGACUAUUCCAAAGAUAUUAGCUCUAUCUAUAAUUUGGGUUUUAGUACUUAGACGACUUGAAUUUUAGUUGAUAAGCUGUGUCUGUCUGUCUCUGUCCACCACCAGGGCCUGCGAAUUCCUUCUCUGGCCUUGCGAACGCAGCAUAGGUAAACAAAACAUGAAAAUGGGGAGUUUGUUUUUCUCAGACUUGAUUGUGAUGUUCACUCAGUAUACCGGAUUGCUCCAUAUUUUGCUCAUGAAUGUGGGUCGAUGACUUUUCUGUCCCUAUUAGGCCUCUCACCAGUAGAAAACAGAUUGAAAAAUUGUUGUUAAAAAUGUUGUAUUGCAGAUCCGUCUUCGGAUCGGAUUUCUCGCCAUCGGAACUUGUUGUGAAGUUUGACACAUGUUUUAAAACGAGUUAUGAUGAUCUGAGAAGGAUUUUAAGUGAGUUCCUCUGUCGUUAUACAUUAUUGCCAUUGUGUGUUUUAGACAAGAACGUGGUCUGAUGUAAAUCGAGAGAAAUUAAGAAACCCCCAAUCGGCUUACUGCAAACUCAUAUCACUCUGCUUCAUUCUUUACAACAACAACUACUGAUUUAACAAUGCCCCAACCUGAUAAGCUUGAGCACAAAUCUAUCUACGCGCCUUUGGUUUAACAAGGCGACUUACCGCUGUAAUUUAUACACACCUAAUUUAUUUAGACACGAGAGAGAUGCAUUACACGUACGAAAUUUCACAUAAGACUAAUGUUAAUUUGUAGCACACACACACAUACACAUUUAAUGUAAACUCUUAAGUUUCUAGUUCAAGUGCAUGCCAUUGCCAGCGUCGCGCGGCGCUCUCGUAUUUUUACUUUAGCAGAGCGGCGGCUGCGCUUAAAGAAAAGUUUCCUCUCACAAACAAUACACUUGCUGUAGAACGUUGUGCCAUUUUAAAUGAUUUACCAUUUGCAAGCAACAAAUCUAGUGAACGUUUAUGUUAUAUUAAUUAGCUAAUUUAAAGUUAGGUUAACGUGUAACUUCGCGGGGGGAUCCAUUCGUCGUCGUACAAUUUUUCUGACACAUUUCCUAUGAAUGGGUGAGCUGUUAACGUUUCGUGGCGCCACAUCAAGAUACUCCAUGGAGGAUAAACCUAAAAAUUUGUUGAUUUUUGGCUGUGUAAAGAGGCGAAAUUGAGAAUUGCACACACCUGAUCCAAACCAAACCAAACAAACAAAGUAAGUUUUCGUGAGAAGACGCAAAGUGAGUGUGUAAAUUCUGCUGUACAUUCAAUGGACCCACGGAAAGUGAUAAUAAUUUGUGUUCUUCAGUCAGAAACACGCGAAAUUGUUUAGAGUGAGAGAAAGAGAGUCAGUCCCUUAUAGCUUGGCAAGAGAUAUCAUCAUUUUGUUAUACUGAAAAUGAAAAAAAAACUUUAAUACCUUUAAUACGGUACGAGUGUGUGUAUAUCAGAUAAUGCGCUUCACUGCUGUUUCGUCUUGAUUAGGUCCGGGAACGGCGGGCGAGCGACGAGCGUAGCAUUAAUGAUAGUCAAGCUCACCCGUACUAUUUGUGAUUUGUGUAUAAAAGAAACAACAACUGAGCUGAGAUUGAGAUUUUAUAUUUUAAAACAUUGAGCUGUUUGUUACAUUCUCGUAUGUACACGCCAUCUGCAUAAGGCCAGAAAAUAAUUAAUUAUAACUGAUGGAAUGCAAAUUAUAUAUAUUAUAUAUAUUCUCAAAAGUCGCCAGGGAACGCAGCUAGCGGAGCCGAAAGCAACUGGUGUCGCGCUUGUCAGCC